CGCGAGGGGGAGCGAGCGAGCGGGCGCAGCCGGGAGCCCGCAGCCCUGGCGCCCGCCGCCGCCCGGAGCCCCGCAAUAUGCCGCCGCGGCCCGCUGGCUCUCGGCCAUGGCGAGGCUCUGCCGGCGCGUCCCCUGCACCCUGCUCCUCGGCCUGGCCGCCGUGCUCCUGAAGGCGCGGCUGGUCCCCGCGGCCGCCAGAGCCGAGCUGAGCCGCUCCGACCUCAGCCUCAUCCAACAGCAGCAGCAGCAGCAGCAGCAAAAGCAGCGGGAGGAGGCUGAGGAGGAAAGGCCAGAGGUGCCUGGGGCAUCCUCCACCUUGACUGUUCCAGUGUCUGUAUUUAUGCUGAAAGUCCAGGUGAAUGAUAUCAUCAGUCGUCAGUACCUGAGUCAAGCAGUUGUAGAAGUGUUUGUAAACUACACGAAGACGAAUUCCACAGUAACUAAAAACAAUGGUGCAGUGUUGAUAAAAGUACCCUAUAAAUUAGGACUCAGCUUAACUAUUAUUGCUUACAAAGAUGGCUACGUGUUGACCCCUCUGCCUUGGAAGACUGGAAGAAUGCCAAUAUAUUCAUCAGUUACACUUUCACUGUUCCCACAAAGCCAAGCAAAUAUAUGGCUAUUUGAAGACACUGUUUUAAUUACUGGAAAAUUAGCUGAUGCCAAAUCUCAACCAAGUGUUCAGUUUUCAAAAGCCUUAAUUAAACUUCCUGACAACCAUCACAUUAGCAAUGUUACUGGCUAUCUUACAGUUCUACAACAAUUUUUGAAAGUGGACAAUUUCCUGUAUACAACUGGAAUUACUCUCAAUAAACCAGGUUUUGAAAACAUUGAAUUGACUCCUCUUGCUGCAAUAUGUGUGAAAAUAUAUUCAGGAGGAAAAGAAUUAAAGGUGGAUGGCUCUAUUCAAGUUUCUCUUCCCCUUCUACAUACAAAUGAUGUAAGUGCAGGGGAUCGAAUACCCGCUUGGACAUUUGAUAUGAACACAGGUGCUUGGGUAAAUCAUGGCCGGGGAAUAGUAAAGGAAUAUAACAGUCAUUUAAUUUGGACCUAUGAUGCACCACACUUGGGCUACUGGAUAGCAGCUCCACUUCCAGGAACUAGAGGUUCAGGUAUAAAUGAAGAUUCCAAGGACAUAACUGCCUACCACACAGUGUUUCUUACAGCCAUAUUAGGAGGAACAAUAGUCAUUGUCAUUGGAUUUUUCGCUAUACUGCUUUGCUAUUGCAGGGAUAAGUGUGGUACUCCACAGAAAAGAGAAAGAAAUAUCACUAAGCUUGAAGUUCUCAAGAGAGACCAGACGACUUCAACAACACACAUAAAUCACAUCAGUUCAGUCAAAGUUGCAUUAAAAGCUGAGGACAAGUCACAGUUACUCAACGCCAAAAACUCCUCCUACAGCCCUCAGAAAAAGGAACCGUCAAAGACAGAAGCAGAAGAAAGAGUUUCCAUGGUAAAAACUCGGGACAAUUUUAAGAUCUACAAUGAAGAUGUUUCAUUUCUGUCAGUCAAUCAAAAUAAUUAUUCGAGAAAACCAACACAGUCUUUGGAGCCCAAUGUAGGGUCCAAACAACCUAAACAUAUUAACAACAAUCUAUCUUCAUCUUUAGGUGAUGCUCAAGAGGAAAAGAGGUAUCUCCCAGGUAAUGAGGAGAUGUAUGGGCGUUCCCACAUUCCUGAGCAGCUUAUGCAUAUCUAUAGCCAGCCUAUUGCCAUCCUUCAAACAUCUGACCUCUUCUCCACUCCAGAGCAGUUACAUGCUACUAAGUCAGCUACUUUGCCAAGAAAGGGACAGUUAGUGUACGGCCAAUUGAUGGAACCAGUAAACAGAGAGAACUUUACGCAGACAUUGCCCAAAAUGCCAAUGCAUUCUCAUGCACAGCCCGCAGAUGCCAGGGAAGAGGAUAUCAUACUUGAAGGUCAACAGAGUUUGCCAUCGCAGACUUCAGAUUGGAGCCGAUAUUCGAACAGCUUACUGGAAUCCGUCUCUGUUCCUGGAACACUAAAUGAGGCUGUUGUAAUGACUCCAUUCUCAUCGGAGCUUCAAGGAAUUUCAGAACAGACCCUCCUGGAGCUGUCCAAAGGAAAGCCCUCCCCCCAUCCCAGAGCCUGGUUUGUUUCUCUUGAUGGAAAGCCAGUUGCGCAAGUGAGGCACUCCUUUAUAGACCUGAAAAAGGGCAAGAGAACCCAGAGCAAUGACACGAGUCUGGACUCUGGGGUAGACAUGAAUGAGCAUCACUCUAGUAGAAAGCUUGAGAGAGAGAAAACAUUCAUCAAAAGCAUGCAUCAACCCAAGAUCCUUUACUUAGAAGAUUUAGACCUCAGCAGCAGUGAGAGCGGAACCACUGUCUGCUCCCCUGAGGACCCAGCUUUAAGGCACAUCCUAGAUGGAGGGAGUGGAGUUAUUAUGGAGCACCCUGCGGAAGAGUCCCCGGGAAGAAAAAGCACUACUGAAGAUUUUGAAGCCAAUACAUCCCCCACUAAAAAAAGGGGCAGACCACCACUAGCCAAAAGAGAUAGCAAGACUAAUAUCUGGAAGAAGCGAGAGGAACGCCCACUAAUCCCCAUAAAUUAACUCGUAGGGUGGUUGUGUGUCUGCUGUCUCGUGCUGUCUAUUCUUGCUUCUUGUUGUAAAUUGCAGUAUGAACUUAAGAAGCUGAGACUGAGCAAUCUUAUGGUCCCUGGACAUGUCUCAAGCAGAGUAAAUAGUGAAAUGGUAAUGCAGUAAUCAGAAACAUACCAAGAGACCUAUUCUUUUCAUUUAUUUUUGGGUGAUGAAUUUGAAGUAUCCAAGUUUUCAAAAUGUAAAAUGGCAUCAAGAUAUUAUCUGACAAUGUUGCUCAGUCAACCAAUUUGGCCCUGCCUCUGUUAAGAAUAACAUAGUGAGACGUACUACUAAAGUUGCUUACAAAAAGGUUUCCUCUGCCUUGGUGACUACCCUAUGGAACAUUUAGAAAUGAAACUGUCUUCUUCAGGUAUCAUGUUCUUGUGAAAUACUAUUUCCUCCUCUGCCUCUCCUUGAGAAUUACUUGAUAAAUGUUCUGAACUGAUGUUAUUCUGGAGUUUAAUACCAAACAUUUUCUGAGAUAAACAGCAUGUGUAUUAUAUCAUCCCAAAAGUAAAUCCUACAUUCACAUAAGAUGAGCAAGAAGCUGCUUGGUCAUUAGAGAUGGAGACACCAGGUCUUUGGUUGUUUUUAGAUAUAAUUUCACAGAAUAAAUAAGAUGUUAAUUUGUUAUUUAGAAAUUUGAGAAGUGAAUGUUCUGAUACUGAAUUUUUAUUUUAAAUUUACUUUUUUUCUACCCCUCAACAAU